ACAGGGGUUUUAAAUACUAUUCUGGGACUCUGCCGCAUGUAAACAACCCCAAGCAUCACUGUGUCAUGAAAUCAUUUAGUAUGAGCCAAAAAAACCCUUCUGACUUUUGCAUGAAUCACUCUGUUAGCUCCCAAUGACACCAACCAUUCGUCUGAUCCCAGACAGAACCUAAUCCUUGUUUCUUCUGUGGGAGCAACCAAACUUUUGAAUUCUCCUGUAACCUUGCCAGAAAUGACGAGUGAAGAAGUGACAUAUGCAGACCUGAGGUUCAUGACACUGGAAAAAUACCAGGAUCAGGAGCUCCAAACCACCAGAGCAAAAGAUUCCCCCAGUCCGUCUUCCUGCUGGCGACCAGCUACAGUGGUGCUUGGGGUCUUCUGCCUAAGUUCAGUGGUAGCUGCAGGAAUCUUGGCUGCCAGGUUCAUCCUGGUCUGCCACCCUGUGUGUGAAAGGGAUGAAAACUUCACCCUGCAAAAGGCAAUUGUGGAAAGCCUCAACGAGCAGCUGGAGCUCCUCCAGGCUCAGAAUUUGAACUUGACAGAGACUGUAAAGCAACUUGCCACCUACAGAGGACAUAAAUGCAUUCCUUGUCCUGAGAACUUGCUACAGUAUGGGGAGGACUGCUACUACUUUUCAAAGGAAUGGAAGACUUGGCAAGAAAGCAAGGCUCAAUGCUCUGCUCUGGAUUCCAGACUUCUUAAGAUAGAGAGUAAGGAAGAGCUGGACUUCAUAAUGCGAUCAGCACAGUCUUACAGUUCUUACUCUUUCUGGAUUGGGCUGUCUCGCAAUGGAGCUGAGGGGCCCUGGCUGUGGGAGGAUGGAUCAGCUCUCUCCCCUGAUCUGUUUCAGAUCCAACGAGCCAGCUCAAGUCCUCCCCUAGACUGUGCAUGGGUUCAAGGUGCAAACAUAGACGCUGCGCGGUGUGGCGAGUAUAAAUUUUACAUUUGUGAGAAAGUGGUGGAUCCCGUGGUGGUCGAGCAAGCGAGCUACUCGGACAGGCACUAGUGUGCAGAGCUCUGCAGAGAGCCCUGUACUGGGAUACGGUGUUGUGCGGGCAAGUUCUGCCCCAGGGUUUGCAAUAGGGAAAAUGAGUUUGAGCUCAGGGUAAUGUAAUGUCAGGGAUAAUCUAAGAUUAACUUGCCCUCUGGUGAUGCAUAUCAGCCAGACUCCGUCUUGGGCUUUUUCUUUAACAACUACAUUCCCUCUUUCUUCUUUCAGCCAUUGCAUUCUUGUGUAAUCAUUUUAUCCACUUCUCAUAAAUUCCUUUCUAAAUUAAACAAAAUUAAGUAUAUGAUUCCAGAACUCUAUUUUAAAGAUUCACACCCAUCUCUCAGAAACAGGAAUCAAUGACCAUUUGUAAGAGCAUCAUACAAUGUUUUCAAAAUCAAUCCAUUGGGUAUUCACAGAUGUGAGCUCCCAAUUUACAAUAAAUUUCCGAAUGUUUGAUUUAAUUUCACUCCCCACCUGCUGAUAACUAAACAGUGCAACAGAAUUGGAGCCUGCAUUAAAAGACAAAUAAAAAUGUUUCUAGUUCUCCUGGUUAGAGAGAAAAGCUUUCAAAUGGGAUUGCAUGCCCUAUGGGCUCAAAAAACAGAAGGCAAAUACACAACACAUCUUUACUGAGGAAAGUUGGCAAUAUUUAAUGCCCAGGAAUGGCAGUCCAGCUGCUAGUGGAUUGUUCCGCUGCAUGGGAUGUUAGGGAGGAAGAUGCAUUGCUCUAAGGCAUCUGUCUUGAUAAUUAUCCGUGUCACACCUGAUCCAGUUCUUUGAUUUCUCAAAUCCAUUUUCCAUUCUGUUGCAGAAUUUCACAAUUGGAAUAAAUAUUGUUGCUACUAACCUUUUUGGUAGCGUGUCUUUUUAGUAAGUCACUGUGCACAGAAGGCUCUACAACCAUCAAAUCCAGGGCCUUUAAUGAUGCAAAGGCUCCUGCCACUUCACUGCUGUUUAGGAGGCUGUUCAAAGAGAAGACUGCAUCUGAGAGAGCAUCUCUCUUCUAUGGCACUAACAAACAAUAGAGAUCUUUGAAAUCUCCCAGGAACAGUCAAGUUUAUCUUUAGAAAUUUUGUUCCUGUGUGUGUUUUGUACUAAUUUGAGCCAUUUGAUUAAAAUUGAACUGUAAGUCUGGGAAGGUGGAGGUGUUU